GCACAGGAACCAACACUAUCGCUUAUUCGAUCAUCUGGAUAAGCUUUCCAAAUCCUACCAUUUCUAAAAUUCUAGGCCAUGGGGUGCCUUAAAUUGACUCGCCCUCCAUGUUUGAUUGUUCAAUUGGACGGUUUCGGGCCUUAGCUUUCCACAGAAGAACAAGGUUUUCCAUUGGCCAUGACUUCUUAAACGCUAAGGUUUUACUUUGGAAUAGAGACCCAUCUCGAUUCGCUGUAAUAGAGAGUAGGAGACGAACAGACUGAAUCUUGACUACCGAGUGGAAAGCAUGGCAGCUCCAGCAACAGCAGAUAUAUGUGAUGCAAAUGCAGCACAUGUCACAAGCGGAGAUCUCCGAGUACUACAACAAAAAUUCAAGAUUUACGGGCAACGACGAGCGUUCUCAGGACCAAUAGUGACAGUGAAGGUGUUUGAAGACAAUGUUCUGGUAAGACAACUUCUUGAAAGCCAAGGUGAGGGGAGGGUUCUGGUGAUUGAUGGGAAUGGAAGCAGGAGAUGUGCAUUGUUGGGAGGCAACCUUGGGCAGGUGGCUCAAAGCAUGGGGUGGGCUGGUGUUGUCGUAAAUGGCUGCAUAAGAGAUGUUGAUGAGAUCAAUAACUGUGAUGUUGGUGUGAGAGCAUUGGGGACUAAUCCAUUGAAGUCGAACAAGAAAGGGUUGGGAGAGAAGCAUGUGCCUGUUCAUAUUGGUGGGACUUUGAUUCAUGAAGGAGAGUGGCUGUAUGCAGAUAGUGAUGGCAUUUUGGUGUCCAAAUUUGAGUUGUCUGUUGAAUAGAUAGCUGAUUCAUAGCAUCAUUGCUUGUUUCUUAAGCUUCUUCCAAAGUGUAUUGGAUUGAGUCAUGAGAAGAACUCUUUCAUAGUUUGUUUCCCAAUGUAAUAUUCAAUGUAGCUUUCUAUUCCGAGGUCCUUCGAAAUUAACGUUCUGAUUUAAUUACGAUUUCGUUUUUAGGCCGUUCAAAAACAUGCUUGUAAGAGGAAAUCAUUAUCCACAUUUGAGAUAAUUCGUCAA